AUUCGCAAAAUAUUUUCAGGUGAGUCAUGUUUGUUGACCAAUUUUCGGGGCAUCGACCAGAAUGUCCAUCGAAUCCCAGUGCCGCACAAUCCUGUCCCAGGCCCUUGAUGCUGACGAGGCUGGCCAGAAGGAACUAGCCAUCGAGCUGUAUGGUCGGGCAGUGGAAAAAAUCCUUCGAAUUGAGGACGGCGAGAAACGGGAGAAGCUCAGUCGGUUUGCAAAACAGGCGCUCGAUAGGGCUGAGGAACUGAAAGGAAUCCGCUAUGUUCCGGCUGCUGUAGCAUCGGGGGCACAUCUUCAAGCUUCCGCUCCUGGUUCACAUCCGUCUCGCAGUAACACUUCCCUUGUAAGUCCGGUUCACAGUCCAAGGCUGGAAGUAAGUGGAUCCAAAAAUGCUUACACAAUCGAAGAGAAGAAAGUGCUGGAGUACACUUCCCAUAUCAAUGCCAAAGUGUACGUUCCAUUUAUGGAUAUCGAUCUGAUGGAGAAGUUCCAUUUUCCGAUUCCCUUCAGCGAUAAAGAUGGGCCACUGGAACUGGCUCCCAAACAGAAGCGGGACUUUGUUCAAUGGGUUCGAGUGAGCGAACUUUCCGAACAUCCGCAGCUAAUAGCUGGAGACCAUGCCGACUUCUACAGCAUCCGACAGACCGUCGUUUCGGAUUGCAGUUUUGUUGCAUCGCUAGCUGUCGCCUCACUGUAUGAGAAACAGUUCAAAAGACGUAUCUUGACAUCAAUCAUCUAUCCGAGAAACAGCCGGGAUGAACCGAUUUAUAACCCCAGCGGAAAAUAUUCGAUCCGAAUGCAUGUUAAUGGUAUCCCAAGAAAAGUGGUUAUCGACGAUUAUCUACCUCUUGGAAAAUACAAUCAGUUGUUAUGCUCAUACUCGAGUAACAAAAACGAAUUUUGGGUGUCUUUACUGGAGAAGGCUUACAUGAAACUUAUGGGAGGAUACGAUUUUCCUGGAUCAAACAGUAAUAUAGAUUUGCACGCCCUUACGGGUUGGAUUCCGGAACGUGCGGCAAUUCGAACCAAAGAAACUGACUUCAAUGCCAACGCCGUAUUUGAUAGACUGAAGGAGGGUUUGGCCGCAGGGCGCUGCCUAGUCACGGUAGCUACCGGUGAACUAACGGACGCGGAAGCAGAACGGACGGGAUUGGUCUCGACGCAUGCCUACGCUGUGCUGAACAUGCGGGAAGUUAACGGUGUAAAGUUGCUACAGCUAAAGAAUCCCUGGUCCCAUCUGAGAUGGCGCGGCAACUAUUCAGAGUUGGACAUAGCCCAUUGGACACCGGAAAUGCAACAGCUACUCGAUUAUGAUCCCAAAUUGGCGGCAAACUACGACAACGGAGUGUUUUGGAUCGAUUACCAUUCCAUUUUGAACUUCUUCGACGUGUUCUACCUCAACUGGGAUCCGGCACUUUUCCAGUAUACUUACUGCAUCCAUCAAUCUUGGAGCGCCGGCGUUGGACCGACAAAGGAUGCUUACAAUGUGGGAGACAAUCCACAGUUCAGCUUGACCGUUCCGGCAGGAAGAGGUUCAGUGUGGAUUUUACUCACCAGACACAUCACAACGAUCGAAGAUUUCAGAGAAAAUCGCGAGUACAUUACGGUAUUGGUUUACAAAAACAACGGAAAACGGGUUUACUAUCCUUCCGAUCCAGCACCGUACAUCGAUGGCGUUCGAAUAAACAGUCCACAUUACCUCUGUAAAAUUCGACUGGACCCAAGUGCCGUGAGGAAGUAUACUCUUGUGAUAUCGCAGUACGAGAAGACUGCUACCAUUUACUAUUCGCUGCGAGCCUAUUGUCGUGAUAAGUUUGAGCUGAAGAAAAUUGAUAGUAAUUUUCAAACUGUGGAAAACAUUAACGGUGAAUGGAAGGGCCGAACUGCCGGUGGUUGUCCCAAUCACCCGGCAACGUACAAAAAUAAUCCAUUCUACCGGCUGCAUAUUGGACCCAAAGAUAGCAGCCAACUGGUGGUGGAACUGCGGGGACCAAAAGUCUAUCAGGUGGGUCUAGAGCUGACGGUGGUGUCACUGGAGGACCCGGAAAUUACCGCGCCAUUUAUUUCGCAAUCGACCGGUAACUACCGGUCCGGCUUUUGUGUGCUCGAUUUGGAAAAUAUUCCAGCCGGGGUGUACCAUUUGCGUCCGUCCACAUUCCUGCCGGAGCAGGAAUCUCCCUUCUUUCUUAAGAUAAAGUCUACAACGAACGUGGUAAUCGAGCAGAUUAAUUAGGCUUGUUAAAUAAGGUUCGACGUUUUUUUUUAUCGAUAACAAGUGAAAAGUGAUCGUUACUUUUUAUUGUCAUGUUAUGUUGCAUAAUGUUAAAAAUAUAAGGUUUUUA